AUGUAAGGAAUAUAAUAAAUGGAGUUGGAAAAAGUAAUGACAGAGAGGAAUGAUCUAAAAACUAAAGUGCUGAAAUAUGAACUACUAGGAGGGGAAUUAGCAUAAUUGGAUGACGAUGAAAUUAUGAAUUAAUUAGAAGAUAGAAAGAAAAAGAGCAGAAGAACCGCGGCAGAUAUUGAUCGUCAAUUUUUUUGCACCUUUAAUAAUUGCAAAAAAGCCUAUGGUACCGAAGCCUCACUUAUAUAACAUCAAAGAUUAAAGCAUGGAGUAAAUAGUGGCAUGGAUGCUUAUUUUAGAAUUUGA